AUGGGAUGGUACGUACUUCUCUGGCUGCUUCUUGGGCAUGCCAAAGCUCAGCUGACACAGCUCCUCUCAGACUGCUUGUUUUUGCGUGGCGAGGGCAGGUGCGAGGAUCUGGUGCAGCGGGGCUACGCUUUGCCAGGUGAACUAGAUGUUGCCUUCAAGCUUUGCCCCGGCUCAGAGAUCCUGCAAGCACAUAAUAGUUUUCCUGUUGCAGUGAAACUGUCAUUGUCACAUGAUGGCAUGUACUUUGCUCACGUGGGCCAUCUCCGGCCGGGCUGGUCAAGCUGGCAGUUUCGUGCCAAUUACGUUCGAGUUGAGUGGACAAAAAUCAAGGAGCUCCAAACCCAAGCACCACGAGGAACCCUGGCUUUCUUUGGGCAACCAUGCGGUGACGGCAAUUUAACUCUUCCGAAAGGUCAGUGGCAUUUGCCUCGAGUGGUGGCGCGGCCCAAAGGCUGCUUCUCCACAGCGCUUUCGGAACGGUGCUGUCAUCCUUUAAGACCGCAAUGCUGGGGUCACAAUGCUCUCUUGGCCUUUGCAUGCUGCGCGGUCCCUUACAAGCAAGCUGGUUUGUCAACCUGCUUGGUCUCGAACGCCAAAUUCCCAAACGCCAAUCAGGACUGCAGAGGACAUCCCCUCAACUUUUUUCGCUCCUUCCAAGAUGGAAAUGAGCUGAGACUGGUGGUGGGAGGCCGUUUGUCUCAACAGCCAUUUCAGGCGAUCAAUGCAUCUUUGUCAACUGGCUGCCUUUUCCAAAGCAUACUCUAUCUGUUCCACGAGCUCCAUCACUUGAGCCGUGAUGCACAGUUUCUGGAAGCAAUCUCCCCUCUACAGCUUUACUCUUACGCUCGACUCUUUCAGGAAAUGAUGUUUGCCUGCGACCUGGAGGAGGUUCAGUUUUUUGAGCUGGCAGGGCUUUUGCCCACACAGAUGCUUUAUUUGGUGUGGCUCACAACGGGGAGGCGCUAUGACUGGCUUCUGGAUACAGUACCACGACCUCCUCGGUUGUUGAUCAUUGACAUUGGCACUGCUGGAGGUUUGGACACUGCAUUGUACUUAGCCUUGGGCGCAGAUGUGGUGUCCGUGGAGGCCAAUCCGCUUGCAAGCAACUGCACGAGUAGCCGCUUGACGCGGCAUUUGCGGAGUAGAAAGCUGAGAUUGCUCAAUGCCAAGAUCAGCACAGGUGUGGGACGUGAGGUUUUCCUGGGGUCAUCGCAUGCUUUGGACUUCGAGCGAGCUGGAGAGACAGAGCUGCCGAGAUAUGAUGCAAACAGGUAUGAGAACCGUGUUCACUUGCACACUACCAGCUGUGGAGAUCUAGUCGCCACGUAUGGCACCCCAUUCUACAUGAAGGUGGAUGUGGAGGAUAGGAUCCAUUUUUGA